CGCGCGUGUGUGUUUGUGUGCGCGCGCUUGCUGGAGGAGGGAGAACUCAGCUUUAAAUCCAGCCAUGAAUCACGGAGAAUGUGCGCGAAAUGCUUUACUGCUGUUCUCUGUAACUCCACAGGACAGAUUCUGUAUGAUAUGACUGCACGGACGGGUUUGGGAACGUCGGAGUGACGCUUUUCUGAAGACCCAAAAAACGAACCUCCCUCUCGAGCUCAUCUACAGUCAUCAUCCGUAUACAUUCUGGACCUGUUACCACUGGACUGGUACCACUGACCAUUUCACCCUGUGUGGAUAGCUACUUCUCCAGACCGCAGAGGAUUCGCGCAGUUUCCAACGGACCACAUUAUGACUCAUUUUACUUUGCUUGAAUGAGUUCUCCAUCAAUUUAAUUUGCUUUGAUUUUCGAUCGUAUUACACAUUAUAUUGCUACAUUUUUAAUUGAUCAAAUAACAAUUAAAUAAUUACUUUUCAAUGCCCCUCCCUUCAAAUUAAACAUUUGAAUAUGUUUAAUGAGAUGCGUAAAAUGGAAACCACUGCGCGUAAAUUCACAUCGGAUUAACUUGUCUCAUCGCAUCCCGGCCACAUAUCCGUGAAAAUCUAUGGAAGUAGCCGAGUUUGCUUUGAACUUGCUUUAGGCUGGGUCCGGGAGUGUUUUCUGCGGGACGUAGUGAGGAUGCAGUCGGGGAUGCGGGCGCUCUGUGCCGGCGGAGGCGCGUCUCUCUGCUGCCUGCUCAUGCUGUGGAUGAUCUACACCCACAUCCUGAAAGAAGGUCAGUUGGCAGUAGGCACGUGUGAGAUAGUGAUGUUGAAUAGAGACAGCAGUCAACCCAAGCGCACUAUCGCCAGGCAGACAGCCCGCUGUGCCUGCCGGAGAGGACAGAUCGCUGGCACCACACGGGCCCGACCAGCAUGCGUGGACGCCCGGAUAGUGAAAAGCAAGCAGUGGUGUGAGAUGUCCCCAUGUUCAGAGGGCGAGAUCUGCGGACUGAUCUUCAAUCGCUCCGGAUGGACCUGCACCAAGGGCGGUGGCCGCAUUAAAACCGUCACGCCUCUGCCCAAGGAGCCAUCCUAAAGGACUUGAGAUUGCCGUGAGGAGGUUUGCUGACAUUCACAGGAGCGACGCCAAACAGGAAUCAUCCAUCAGCCCCCACACAUUUGUGUCCAUCCUCUCAUCUCGGAGCUAAAGAUAUCACCUGCCCAAAUCCACAUCACCCUCAAACAGGAAAUGGAACCCGUGCACCAUCAGUCAAGCGUCUCUACUGUUACAUGCAGGUCAUCGAGUCCCAGCAGCCACCAUCAUCCCACAGCAGGGGACGUGCAACCUUUCUUAGUGAAACCUUGACAUGAUUCCACUGUUUCUGUUUUGAUCUUGAGAUACAUUGGCUAGGAGAACAUAUCACUCGCUUUCCAAUUAAGCAGACAGAGAAGACUGUUCGUGCAAGAUUAUAUAAGUGAACAGGUGCGAGGGUGUUGCUUAAGAGCGAUCUUGAUGGACCCCGACUGCGUUUUCAGAGCGAGGACAUGUCGUCGACUAAAGGCCAAGGAUGCGCAGGGACCUUUAAAUAUACACCUCUGUGUAAAGGGAUAACGUGUUUUCCUUUCAAGUCGAGAAUUGAGAAAAGCGGACAAAGCAGCGGAUGACUGAUGUGUCCUGUAGAUUUGACCUCGCGUGGUUUGAACGUAUGGAUUGUGUGCUGUUGAGCUCUGUCUGCGAACGGCAAUGCACUGAUGCCGUCUACUCUAAUCAUUGGUGAUUUAAAGAUUAGCAAACAAUGUGUGGAUGUCAUCUGUCCCUUCCUCUCUGGGGCGUCUCUUUCACUCUCUGCUUUAAAUGUCUGUCUCUAAUGGAUAUAUCGUUUCUAUCAAUACUUUAUUUGGACUGUAAAUUGACACUUGCCUAGAUAGGAAAUAAAGGGUGUGUCUAUGUAAAUGU